AUGAGGCUUCCCACCGUAGCUCAGCUCGUUACCCACCGACCCAGCCGUCCUCAUUCGCUUGCAUCUAUCCUUUGGGACCCGGUCACAACUCGGCAUCUCUCCACCUUAAAGCCUUCGGCGCCCAUUCAAAAGACCCACAUCCAGCGAUACUCGUCCAAGUGCUGCAGCAUCGACAAGAUGGCGACCUCAUCCAAGCAAGGCGCCUCGGGCACGCCCGUCUACAUCCAGGAGGUGACGCCCGAGAUCACGACGUUCGACUACCCGUUCAGCCGCUUUGGCAUUCUGCCCAUCGGCGGACGUAGCAUCGCCAUCCGGAUGCGCGACGGCCGGCUUUGGGUGGUGCCGAGCACGCCGCUCGACCAGCCGACCAAGGCCAAGAUCGACGCGAUGGGCGAGGUCGCCUACCUUGUCGCUCCGGACAAUGUCCACCACCUCUUCCUCAAGGACUUCCACGCUGCCUACCCAGCUGCCAAGGUGGUGGGCACCGAAGGCCACGAGGAGAAGCGACCAGACGUCAAGUUCACCGGCAUCUACGGCCGCGACCCGCCCACAACGCAGUACGGCUACGAGUCCGAGCUGGUGCCGCAGUACUUUGCCACCUUUGCCAACAAGGACGUGGCGUUCCUGCACAAGGACAGCCAGACGCUCAUCACGGCGGACCUGCUUUUCAACCUGCCGUGCAACCAGCAGUACCGCAACACGCCGUCGGGCAAGGCCACCUCGUGGAUCCCCGGCGUGAUCUGGUUCUCGAAACUCUUCAAUCCGUACUCGAGCUUCCACAAGACCUUCCUGGGCGGAGCGGGCGUGGCGAGCGGGCUGCCCGGCGUCGCCAACGGCGGCUCCAAGGAUGAGCGCAAGAAGAACUUUGCCGAGGCGGCAUCGACGGUGGCCAAGUGGGACUUCCGACGCAUCAUCAUGCUGCACGGAGAUAUCAUCGAGAACCACGGCCAGGAGGCAUGGCGUGCGGCGUUCAGCAAGUACAUUGACAACGAGGGCAACUCGCGGUUCAAGUCGGCCUGA